AUGUCUAUGAGUGUCUUCCCCCUUUUAAAACGCAAUGUCUCAAGUUUAUUCCGUUGGGGCCAAAAGGCUAUUGGAACAACGGGCAGAUCAGAUAUCUCACGAGUUUCGGAGAAGGUGGGAAAUGAUAUCCAAUCUCCUCCAGGCCUAGCUUCGUACCAUCGAGGCCGAAACGCAGUCCUGAUAAUGGCACAGAAUUCGAUAGUGCCGUCUAAGCACCCCCAAUCCAAGCAUUGUUCUCUCUGUCAGCUAAAGACUAUUGAAAGCGCGGAGGACUGGAUGAAAAACUGGGUGUUCGAGGAGAAAGGCGUUCUUGUCAGCUGCUACGUCUGGUCCGUGAUGGCAAUGUGUGGCGCACUGGUGUUUGGGGUAUCACAAUCAGAGUCACGGUCCGCGAUUAAGUCUCCGUCGUUGACCCUUUCAAUAUCACGACGUACUACUGGGUGUUUGCUGCAUUUGUUCUACUGGUCGCUAAGAGCAUCAGAGUGGGCGAAUGGCCCUGGAGAGACUUUCUCUACUGUCGCGUUUUCUGCCGUAGUGUCUCGGAGCUCCAUUAUGAUUAGGGUGGAAGAACAGCUCAUGCCAGCCAAGGUCUUCCAAGAAGAGCAGUACACAUUUCUCAAGACACACGAUGGGUUUUCCAUCUACGUCCCAAUGACCCUGCAAACCAUGCUAUUUAGUGGGCUCGUUAUGAUUCAGGUUCGAUCACUUGGAAAAAAUGGCGUAAUUUGUCUAGAUGUGCAGGAAUGGUCAGAAUAUACAUGUAGCUCCCAAUUAAACCCCCUACCUGAAGAGAGCAAGUAUAUUAGCAGUACUCAAAUACCCGGCGUCGACUCCCAAGGGGCCGGGUUGCAGAGAACAGUUCUUAAGCUGUAUUAG